AUGGCCCUUCUCAGUGUUCUUGCCGCAGUGCUCCUUACCUCGGGGGUCUUUGCCGCAUCGCGACCUUAUAAUGGCUACCUUGAGAAACAAUUUCCUCAAACCUUUUACGAUUCAUACAACGUUCUCAAGCAUACCGGUGGCAUUGGACCUUACUCGGACCGUGUGGGCUAUGGGAUUGACCCCAACCCGCCUGCGGGAUGUGCUGUCGACCAGGUCAUCAUGCUGAUGCGCCACGGCGAGCGGUAUCCCGAUGCCACUACAGCCGCCGGCAUUAAGGCUGCCCUGGGCAAAGUGUAUGGGGCCGGGAUCUCUAGCUGGCAGGGUGACCUCGCUUUCCUGGACGACUGGACCUCUUACCUCGCCGACCCCGGCCUUCUAGAGCAGGAGACGUUUUCCGGCCCGUACUCAGGCUUAUUGCAUGCAUUUAGGCGCGGCUCCGAGUAUCGUGCUCGAUACGGGCAUUUGUGGAACGGCGAAUCCAUUGUUCCUAUCUUCGCUGGUGGAUACGAACGAGUCGUUGAGACAGCCAGGUAUUUCGGUCAAGGCUUCUUCGGUUACAACUAUUCAACGAACGCCGCCCUCAACAUCAUUUCCGAAAACUAUACCCAGGGCGCGGACAGCUUGACCCCUACCUGUCUUCCCGACACAGGGUUACUUGCGUGUUUCUAUACGACGCGAACCUUUCCUCAAUUCGAGGUUGCUGCGCAGAGAUUCAAUUCUCAGAACCCAGGCCUCAAUCUAAACUCGAGCGAUAUCGUGUCUCUCAUGAGUACCGCCACCUUUGAGCUCCAGGCCAGACCUCACUCGCCGUGGAUCAACGCCUUUACGCUGGAUGAAUGGGUUGCAUUUGGCUAUGUCCAGAGUCUCUCCUACUACUAUUGCUCAGGCCCCGGCGACCACUACCAGGUGGCCGUCGGUCAAGUCUUCGCCAACGCAUCGCUUGCACUCUUUGAAGCCGGACCGGAGCAUCUGAGCAUGUCGUGGAACUUCGCCCACGACGCCUACAUUACACCGGUCCUGGCGGCUCUUGGCCUAGAUGUCCCAUCCUCCCCGUUGCCGAACAACACGAUCCCGUUCCCCAAUCCCUACAACGCCGCCGAUAUGGUGCCUAUGGGCGGUCAUCUUGUGCUUGAGCGACUGACCUGCAAUGCUACCGCCAUGAGCAGUGCCGGCACUUUCGUCCGUGCCGUCAUCAACGAGGCCGUGGUACCCUGGCCCAAAUGCCAAAGCGGGCCAGGCUUUUCAUGCCCGUUCAGCAAUUUCACCGCCAUCGUCAAUGCCGCUCCCAGUUUUGUUGAGACCUGUGAAGUGGCCAAGCGAGGGUUUCCCCAGUACUUGGAUUUCUGGUGGAACUACAACACCACGACCAAGUUGAACUUCCAGAACGGGCCGAUCUCGUAUCAAGAGAAGUACACGCUGGUCUAA